CACGGUAAUUCCAUUGCUGUAUGGCGUCAGUCUGGAAAUGCCUGUUUCCUUUGCUAUAAUCCAGCCUCAUGCGAUGAGACCGGUCUGCAUUAUCUUGGUGGCACAGCUUGCCUCAUGAGAUUCAAGUACAUAAAUGACUUGCAUGAUCAUUUGCUGAAGAACCUAAAUUGUCGUUAUAACUCUCGAUAUUGUAUCAUCAAAGUCACCUUGUUGCAUGCCACAGAGGUCGGUCAUGGGUUCGUUAACCGUUUAUCCAAUAUCAUUGGUCCACCUAUAGUUCGAAAGAGUGUAUUACGAUCCACGUUUACGGAAUUACCCGGCAAAAUAGCGAUUCUUCAUGGUCUAACCCAUAAAGACGAGGAAAUAUACAAAGGCAAAGGUGCACAAAAUGUAGCAAAUUGCGUGAUGAAUAUUGCUAUGAAGAAGGUGCAUUCGGUGAAGACAUGGUUGAGAUCAACGCUGGAUGAAAUUCUGAUGAUGGGCGACUCAUUGUAUGCUAAAGUUAAAUCCGAAAAGCCUGCAAUAAUAAAGAUGAUGACAGCGGCCGAUUUAGAUAAUACCAAAUUCCAAAUAGAAGAUCGUAAAUUAGUGAUAGAUGUCGAUCUGAUCACCAUGACCG